AUGGUCAACUUGACAUACGGAGCUCUCUUAACCUCAUCGGACGGUAGUAUAUCCUUCGAACCGUUGGGAACAGAUAUCCUAGCUACUUUGCAAGGUAAUACUUCAGCAUUCGACCCUGGAGAUAUAGCAUGGGUAUUAACUUCAGCAGCCCUCAUCGUAUUCAUGUUACCAGGUCUCGGAUACCUUUAUUCAGGUUUAGCAAGACGUAAAAAUGCUUUAUCCAUGUUAUUCCUCUCUUUGGUUUCCCUGGGUAUAGUCUCUUUCCAAUGGUUCUUCAUUGGUUAUUCUUUGGUGUUUUCAGAAAGUGGUGGUUCGUUCUUUGGUGAUGGAAGGAAUGUAGGAUUUAGACAAGUCCUGGAAAGACCUGUACCGGAGACAAAUGGCAAAUUACCUGAAAUCGUAUUUGCAACUUAUCAACUUAUGUUCGCAUGUUUGGUACCGGCCGUCUUGUUAGGUGCAGCAGCCGAACGAUCCCGUAUCCUCCCUGCUAUGAUCUUCAUCUUCUGUUGGACCACAUUGGUGUACGAUAUGUUGGCUCAUUGGAUUUGGAGUUCGAAUGGCUGGGCAUACAAGUGGGACGCCGGUGGUGUACCCGUUGAAAUCGCUUCUGGAACAGGCGGUCUAGCCUAUUCGUACUUUAUCGGUAAACGACGAGGGUACGGUACAGAGCGAGUAGCUUUCAAGCCAUCCAACGUAGGUCACGUUGUGCUCGGUACGGUAUUCCUCUGGGUCGGAUGGCUAGGGUUCAACGGUGGUUCAUGCUUCGCCGCAUCGCUUAAAGCAGCUAUGGCAGUUUUCGUGACUAAUCUUGCUGGUUCUGUUGGUGGUAUAGUCUGGUUGAUCAUGGAUUUCAGAUUGGAAAGAAAGUGGUCUAUGGUCGGGUUUUGUACGGGAGCGAUUGCGGGUUUGGUAGCUAUUACACCUGCAGCUGGGUUUGUUGGCGCACCUGCCGGAGCCUUGAUCGGUCUAGUCUCAGCGGCAGUAUCCAACUUGUCCACUCGACUGAAAGUCACCAUGAGAGUUGAUGACCCGAUGGAUAUCUUCGCGGUCCAUGCCCUAGCGGGUGUGGUGGGAGUUUUGAUGACUGGUUUAUUCGCUCAGUCGAGCGUCGCCGCGAAUGAUGGGUUCUCGGAGAUCGACGGUGGUUGGAUGGAUCACAAUUGGGUUCAAUUUGCCAAACAGAUAGUAUGGGCCCUUGUGGGGUUGGGAUGGACUUUCGUCGUCACUUAUGCUAUCAUGUUUGUUAUCAACCUUAUUCCAGGAUGUCAUUUCAGGUCAACCGAAGAGGCUGAAAUCGUCGGUAUGGAUGAAGUCGAGCUUGGCGAAUUCGUUGCAGAUUACGCAUUCCACCAUCGAGAUCUCGAAGGUCUAUUUGACUCUAAUGAACUAUCAAGAUUCAACAGUGUGACGAGAUUCCACUUAACUUCAAUGGGGCCCAAAUCGUAUACUCGACCUUCUCAAGCACAUCUACCACCCACUAUGCCCCGAGGCGGUGCGGCGGUCGCUGAUGCCUAUGGUCAAGGAGCGCAGGAAGUGGAGAAGCCAAGAAGUAGGAGUCGAGGUAGAGAGAGGAGUAGAAGUAGGAGUCAAUUCAGAGCUUCGACACCCUCUGGGAUGGAUAGGUUGGAAGAGGUGCAUUCGUCUGAUGAGCUCGAGCUGAAGAAAUUGAGUGGGAAUGGCGGAGGGGGAGUUGGGCAAGAGCAGGGGAGUGUGGGGUCCAGUGACUUGAGUCAGAAAUAG